GAGUCGCCUGCUCUCCCGCGCGCUGCCAGGAUCGCGGCCGAUUAUGUGCGCCCGUGGCCGAUCGCUAACGACGACGGUCGCGCGCGGCUGACUCCUCUCGGUCGUUGCUGCGUUGCUCUGCUCGGCGAGGACAAUAGCGAGCCGCGCGACAUGAAGCGCCGCUCUGGCUCCGCGACGCUCAUCUUCCUGCUGCUGCUGCUACUGCUCCUGAUCGAGGCGCGCCAUCAUCAUCGUCGCGGCGGCGGCGGUGGCCACAAGCCCGACGGCGACAUGACUCUCUGGAUUGAUCGCCAGCAAAUCAAGAUGUUUAGCGGUGUCGAGAUGGAAAUCUACGCGAUCGACGAGGGUCGUGUGGUGCCAUACCUGCUGGAUCCCGACUUCGAGACCAAGCUGCCGAUCAUACCCAACGAGGUGUCGUACGUGAAUUUUACCUGGAAGUCCGGCGCCAAGAGGUACUUCUACAACUUCUUCCUGCUCAAGUCCUUCAACGAGUCCAUAUUGAAAACGCCCUCGAUCACCAUCAAGAAGAAGGGCCGUGUGCCCAAACGACAGAAAGAGUUCAGCGUGCUACUACCGUGCUCGGGUAACAAUUCGGGAGUGGCGUCGUUCGGGAUCGGUCUGAUGAUCGAGACGCGCAAGAACAAGCCACUGAACGGGACACCCCUGCGGCUGAGCCUGAGAAAAGAAUGCGCCGUGCGCGGUGAGUGCGUCAAUCGCGCCCACGAUCACCACCACCUGUCCACCACUCGCACAUACAAACCUAAUCCGGGGCCCUGUCCUUACGGAUACAUGGGACCACCUCACUGCAAAAAAGCUCUGUGUUAUCCGAACUGUAUGAACGGGGGUAACUGCACAGCUCCAGGAGUUUGUUCUUGUCCACCGGGAUUUCAAGGACCUUACUGCGAAGGAGGUAUUUGCGCAGAAAAAUGUUUAAAUGGUGGUAAGUGUGUUCAAAAAGACACAUGUGAAUGUCCUAAAGGCUUUUUUGGACUGAGAUGUGAAUUUUCAAAAUGUGUGAUUCCUUGCGUAAAUGGUGGAAAGUGCAAAGGCAAUAACAUAUGUCGUUGCCCAACUGGCUUCAAAGGCAAUCAUUGUGAAAUUGGCAGAAGGUCACCUCAACGCUCAGCUUGUACAAAGCCCUGUAGGAAUGGUACAUGCCAACCAGACAACAAGUGUCUUUGUGAACCAGGAUGGUUUGGGAAAUUGUGCAAUAAGAAUAAACCUUGGGCUUGAAAGGCUAAUCAAUGCCAUGUUGCGGUAUAUUACUUAUCUCUCAGUGAUAAAUGCUUCUUAUAUCAAAGAAUGAUCCAUUGAGUUGUAGUAAACAAAAGAUGAAUUCAGUAUUAUUUUUGAAAAAAAACUGUUUUUUUAACUAAUGUGAUAUGUACAUUUCUAUGUUUGAAUGGAAGAAAUUAACGUUAGAUGUAGUUUUGAAUGCAAAUUAUACAUUGUUUUUGAUACCGCAACAAGGAAAUGACAAACUCGUAUGGUUAACUGUGGAACGUACCCCACCAGAGAUGUGAUAUGUAAAGCUGCUU